GCUCUGCUCUCUCUCAUUGGUCGGUUGUAUUAUUGUUACACCCGCGACGUUCGGUGUGCAGGAAGAGUUGAUGCUUUGGGAGUUGUUGCUCUUUCGUUUGAGUCGGUUACUGUCAGUGAGCUUGUGUCGCGAUGGAUAAUCCGACGAUAUCUAACCCGGUUAUGCCAUUCUUGGGAGCAAUUUUUGGUGGAUUGUGUCGUGGGCAGAUGAUAGCAGUCCAAGGGAUAUUGCCCAAAGAGAGUGACAGAUUUCAAGUGGAUUUUCAGUGCGGAAGCAGCAAGCAACCUCGUGCAGACAUUGCUUUCCAUUUCAACCCACGUUUUCGGAGAUCUGAAUGUGUGGUUUGUAACACACUGGAAAAGGAAAAAUGGGGACGUGAGAUGAAAAAAUAUGAGAUGCCAUUCAAGAAAGGAGAGCCAUUUGAAAUUAUUUUCUUCGUAAUGGUGGACAAGUUCAAGGUUGCAGUUAAUGGGAAGCACUUCCUGGAUUACCAGCACAGGAUGAGUCUGGAUAGAGUUGAUACACUUGGAAUUAGUGGUGCAGUUCAAAUUCAAACCAUUGGUUUCUUGGGUAACUCUGAGCAGGAUAAUCCGUAUUCUGAUCUUCCAAUAAAGAAGACAAAUACAAAUGGGAUCCAGUCAAAACCGUCCAAUGCCCUGUUGACUGUUCCUUACAUGGGUAAAAUUAAGGAUGGGUUGAGCCCAGGUCGGGUGAUCACUAUCCAAGGCAAAAUCAAGAAGAAUCCAGACAGGUUUGCCAUCAAUCUCCGAUCGAGUGACUCCACCGAUAUUCCGUUGCAUCUGGCACCCCGUUUCAAGGAGAAAGCUUUUGUUCGAAACUCUUAUCUCCAUCAAAGUUGGGGAGAAGAGGAGAGGAAAAUAGAUUAUUUUCCAUUUAAUCCAGAUGCAUAUUUUGAGGUUAUCAUUUAUUGUGAUUCUGAUUGCUUCAAGAUAGCUGCAAAUGGGCAGCACUUGGUGGAGUACAAACACCGGUUUACCAACUUAAAUAAGAUUGAUAUGCUGGAGAUGGAAGGAGAUAUCCAUUUGAUAGAUGUACAGACUUGGUAGGUGGAGGGAAAACGGUUGUCCAGUAUUAACAUCGGUGGUGGACAAAUAGAGCACAAGUAAUCUACCCAAAUUCUAUUUCCAAUUCUAGAAAGAGUGCGUGAUCAAAUUGAGAAGAGAAUUUGUUUUCUUGGGGAUUGUUGACUGAUAUUCAAAGAUCUAUGUAUGAGUCGAGCAUUUAGGACAUUUUGCUUUGGAAUACAAACCUACAAGCUGGUCCAAAAUUCUGAACAUUUCCACCAUUAUCAAAACUUCUUAAAUACAUUACUAUGUUAAACUUGGAACAGCCACAUAAAACUGUUUAACUUUAUCUUGAAGAUACUAAAGCUGUAUAGCAGUUUUUUUUAAAAUCACUGUCUUUAAAAGUCCUGUGCAGUAUCUGAAAGGCUUAGGAAGAACAUUCUCAGAAUUUGUGCUGAUUAAUUUCAAGCUGGAGUGUGCCACAAAUGGAGAAAUUGUUUUGAAACUUGAGUAUGCUGGUGCUUUGCAUAUGUUUCUUAUUGUGCCUACAAAAGUUUUUCAAAUUUCUCGAAUUCUCAUCGCAAGAUGCACACCUUGUUUUGAAUUCUUUGAAAGGCUGAUGCAAAAUCAUUGCAAACCACUUGCAUUUUUGAUGUAUUCACUAGCUAUAAUUAUUUUUAUCAGUUUAAAUCUGUCCUCCUGCUGCAAUAUAAAACUUGUACCUUCUGCAUCCAGAACAAGACACAAUACUUCAAAUGCAGCUUCAAAUUCUAUGCAGAUAUGUAAGUUGUAUCUCCACAACCAAGCAUUUAAGCUUCACUGCCUUAUGAUGUAUUACAAUAUUUUAAAAAAAAAAUUGGCUGAGUACAUUGAACUACAACUCUGGCAAAUAUCUCGAUAGCACUUCAAAUGCUUUUGAUUACCAAACAGUCAACUUUGUUUGACUGUCACCAUGUUUUUUCACCUUGAUCUUGACUUUGCUAAUGGCUUUGGAUUAUGUUGUUAUUUUCAAUACUAUUGCUAAAUUUUUUGGGACAUAUGUACAUUCAUAAUUUAACAAUCUAAAGUGUGCAAAUUAACAGGGUCGUUAGUUCUGCAAACCCACCAGGUUAAAGUACAUUAGGACUGUGAUCAUGCUCAAUCAUUGUCUGAAAAUUUCACUACUUUCACACCUUUCUCUUUCCCCCCCACCAUCCUUAUCUACCUGUGAUUUGUGAACCAGAAAAUUUCAAUUGAGCUUGUGCUGACAUUUUCACAAUUUGCUGUUAAUGAGCAUUUGUAUAUUAUUUAUCCUUUAGUAACUGUCUGCCAACCAUUCAUUAUAUGUUAGCUUAAAGCAGACAUCUUGUCUUUAACACUUUAUUUGUAGUUGGCAUUUUGUAUAUGGAUAAGGCCUAUUACUUGAAUUUGCAAUAAUGUUGAUGUUGAGAAUGUAUUAACCAAAUCCAGGAUAUUGUGUAAUCUUUUUGCACACUUAGUUUACACCUUUCAAUUAAAUGUAUUCUUUUUUUUAUCAGCUAAGUAACUGGUGCACUUAAUGACUGACUGAGGAGAACAACAUAUCAAAUAGUAUUGAUAUUUUUAUUCUGUAUAUAAAUUUUUUUUCCUGAUUUGGCCCUGGAGCUAUCUUAAAGCUUAUUUUGGAAUUGGUGGAUUAAUGGUAUGUAGAAAUUUGGGAAAACUUGUCAGCUCUUACCUAUUAUAAAUUAAUGUACUGAUAACUUG